GUUGGCGUCUCCGAAUCCGACCUCGGAAGAUGAUUCAUUCACUUCGGAGAACAAAAUUGAUCGCCUUGGUGAAUAUUCUAGCAUAUACACCGACGCAGUUUACUUCUGUAUCGAGUUUGGAACGGCUGAGGUUUUUGUCUACUCUGGUUCCAGCUCAGGACAACAGUAGUAAAUCUUCAUUUAGCAUAUCUAGUUUGAUUGGUAGUGCUCCUGAGUCUGAUGUUGACUGUUUGCAAUCGUCAAACAAACCAAAUUUGGUCUUGAAAUUCCUCAAAGAUAAUGGUUUCUCUGAGUCUCAGAUAAAAUCCGUUGUUUCUCGAUGGCCACGUAUCCUCGUCUCAGACCCUGAGAAAACCCUGAGGCCAAAAAUGGACUUUCUCUUUUCGAAAGGGAUAUCAAAACCUGAAUUUCUGAGAAUAGUUUCAGAGGAACCAAGGGUACUGAACCGCAGUGUGGAGAAACACUUGAUACCUCUAUUUGAUAUGCUGAAGGAUGUGACUGGCAGCAAGAAGAAUGCAGUUCGAGCUGUCAGAAACUACCCAUUCGUGUUCCGCUGCAGCACUAAAAAGUCCAUUGAGCUGAAUAUGAAGAAGUUGCAUGAUGCUGGGGUUCCCAAAUACAGGAUUGCCAAGUUGAUGAUUCUCCGACUUAGAGGAUUUGCUCGACAACCAUCAAGGUUCGAGGAAGCGAUAGCCAUGGUCAAAGCAAUGGGGUUUCAACCCAGGGAACCCACAUUUGGUAUUGCAGUUGGAGCGAUUGGAUGGUGCAGUAAAUCUACUUGGGAAGGGAAAAUGAAUCAGUUCAGGAGCUAUGGUUUGUCCGAUUCGGAGAUCUUGGUAGGGUUCAAGAAGCAACCAUCAAUCAUGAUGUUCAAAGAGAAGAACACGAGAGCGAAAAUGAACUUCUUCCUCAAGGGUAUGCACUGGAGUCUAAACAAGGUGAUAGUGGCACCACAGAUCUUGUUGUUGAGCCUAGAGAAGAGAAUAAUUCCCCGUCUCACGGUUCUUCAUCUCUUGGAAAGCCAGGGAGAGGUGAAGGAAGGAGAAAUCAGUUCGGUUACCUGGUUACUGAAGUUACCCGAAAAAAAGUUUGUGGAGGAAUUCGUUACCCGUUAUGAAGAUCGAAUCCCUCAGGUCGUGGAUGCGCACGAGGGCAAGUUGGAGAUGGAAGAUCUUCAUAGGCUAAAUUCGAAGGCUGUGUUCAAGAGGAAUGAGUUCUGGUCAGGUUCUUAGAUCUUUAACAAUACUGUAUUUUCAUUUAAAGUUCCAUUCCGACUAUAAUGGUUCUGUCUUUCUUCAAACAUGGAUCAUUAAAAUGUAUUGGUAACCUCUCUGUUUCAAUCUCCAUUCUCCAUUUUCU